UGCGCCAGAACCGCUGCCUCGCUCCCGGAAGUGGAGGGUCUACACGAAGCGCCGCUGGGUCUGGGUCCCCGGAGGCAGCAGCGUUCGCGGAGUUCGCCCGCUGGCCCCCGAUCGCCAUGUCGGCUUUCGACACCAACCCCUUCGCGGACCCAGUGGAUGUAAACCCCUUCCAGGAUCCCUCUGUGACCCAGCUGACCAACGCCCCGCAGGGCAGCCUGGCGGAAUUCAACCCCUUCUCAGAGACAAAUGCAGCGACAACAGUUCCUGUCACACAACUCCCUGGGUCCUCGCAGCCAGCGGUUCUCCAGCCAUCAGUGGAACCAACCCAGCCGACCCCCCAGCUCCUGCUUAGACAGGCCAGCAAGUUCCUGCCUGCCCAAUUCCUGGCAGUGAGCGAGCUCUCAGAGAGGCAGAUGCUCCUAGGAGGAGAAAGUAUUCUCAGAGACAGCGACAUGCGAAAGCUUCCGAAGGCCGUGGUGUCUGCAGCCCAGGCAGGCCUGCUUCAGCAGCAGGAAGAACUGGACAGGAAAGCUGCCGAGCUGGAACGCAAGGAGCGGGAGCUGCAGAACACUGUAGCCAACUUGCAUGUGAGACAGAACAACUGGCCCCCCCUGCCCUCGUGGUGCCCUGUGAAGCCCUGCUUCUAUCAGGAUUUCUCCACAGAGAUCCCUGCCGACUACCAGCGGAUAUGCAAGAUGCUCUACUAUCUGUGGAUGUUGCAUUCAGUGACUCUGUUUCUGAACCUGCUUGCCUGCCUGGCCUGGUUCUCGGGCGACAGCUCCAAGGGAGUGGACUUUGGCCUCUCCAUCCUAUGGUUUCUGAUCUUCACUCCCUGUGCCUUCCUUUGUUGGUACCGACCCAUCUAUAAGGCCUUUAGGUCCGACAACUCUUUCAGCUUCUUUGUGUUCUUCUUUGUAUUUUUUUGUCAAAUAGGGAUCUACAUCAUCCAGUUGGUUGGCAUCCCUGGCCUGGGGGACAGCGGUUGGAUUGCAGCCCUGUCUACACUGGAGAAACAGUCCCUGGCCAUAUCAGUCAUCAUGAUGGUGGUGGCUGGCUUCUUCACCCUCUGUGCCGUGCUCUCAGUCUUCCUCCUGCAGCGGGUGCACUCCCUGUACCGCCGGACAGGGGCCAGCUUCCAGCAGGCCCAGGAGGAGUUUUCCCAGGGCAUCUUCAGCAGCAGAACCUUCCACAGAGCUGCUUCAUCUGCUGCCCAAGGAGCCUUCCAGGGGAAUUAGUCCUCCUCUCUCUCUUCUCUCCCCCUCAGCCUUUCUCUCGCCUGCCUUCUGAGCUGCACUUUCCGUGGGUGCCUUAUGUGGUGGUGGUUGUGCCCAGCACAGACCUGGCAGGGUUCUUGCCAUGGCUCUUCCUCCUCCCUCAGCGACCAGCUCUCCCUGGAACGGAAGGGACAGGGGCUUUUUUUUUCCCCUCUACGUACAAAGAAAACAAAGCUCUCUUUCCUUCUCUGGUGAUGGUUUGGUAGGAUUCUUUUGUCUCUGGAAGCAGUGGGACUGAAGUUCUCUUCGUCCUGUGCACACACAGAUACCCCCACACGGUUGGGAUCACAGGCUGACCUGGGCCCACCCCAGCUGGAGUUUUCUGCCAGGGUCUUGGGCCUUGACUCCCCCACCCUGCAGGCCUGGCCUGAAUCUGGCUUCUCAGACACAGCCCAGCCCUUCCUGCCCGGGCUGGGAAUAAGCCUCUCUCAGGCUUUGGUGGACAGAUCUCAGGCUUUGGUGGACAGACACUCCAGUUGUCUCCAGGCUUCCAGAGAAGGCUGGUUGCCUCAAGCUCUUCUCUGCCUCAUAAACGGAUCCAGAGAAGGCUGGUUGCCUUAAGCUCUUCCCUGCCUCGUGUUCCUCAGAAACGGAUUCACAGCCCUUUAGCCCUCUGCACCCUCCUGCAGGGGAUGGCACUUUGAGCCCUCUGGAGCCCUCCCUUGCUGAGCCUUACUCUCUUCAGACUUUCUGAAUGUGCAAUGCCGUUGGUUGGGAUUUGGGGACUGGAAGGAACCAAGGACACUGACCCCAAGCUGUCCUGCCCAGCGUCUUCUAGGAGGGUGGGGUCUGCCUGUCCUGGUGUGGUUGGUUUGGCCCUGGUUUGCUGUGACUCCCCCCCCCCCACCGCCAGGGACGGUUGCCUUUCUCUCUGCCUCAGAUGCCGCUUGCCCCGCCCAUGCUCCCCAUCAGCAGCAUCCAGACUUUCAGGAAGGGCAGAGCCAGCCAGUCCAGAACCGCAUCCCUCAGCGGGGACUGAUGAGCCAUCUCUCGGAGGGCCCCCUAAUACCCAGUGGAGUCUGGCUUACACCCCGGGGGGUAUGUCACUGUGAUAGACACCUAAGAGUCCACCCUUAAAACCAGCACCCUGUCUCCCGAUGCUGCCGAGUGGGUGUGUGGACUGGGGGGCCUUCCCACAAAACUAGCCUCUGGCUCUGGGCCUGAGGCAGACGCAGGCCCCAGCCACUGAAUGAUACUAGCAGCGGCUGGGGUUUUAUAAACUCAUUUCUGGUAUUUUUUCCCCUCUAUGUACAAAUGUAUAUGUUACGUCUCAAUUUUUGUGCUUAAAUAAAAAUAAAAAGACAUUUUCAGACAA